CAGAGUGGCUGGGCAAGACUGGCAUCAGGGUCACAGUAAAUCUGCAGGGAGAGGGUAAGAAAGGAAAAAGGAUCAACAACAAUAACACAGGUGAGAAAGAGGCAAAAGAGAGAAAGUGAGAGAGAACAGUAGGAGGCAAAACAGCUCAGCCCUCCUUUGCCCUCAUUGUCUCCUCCCAUGCUAUAGACUGGAGGGAGGUGCUCAGCUAGGAACAGGGAGAGAGACACCAACUCUGAGGUAGAGGACGCACACACAAUAUGAGAGACAUGGUAGUCUGAUCAGAGCUGGAAUGGGUCAUUCUGUAGUGUAGUUUGCUCUGCAGACCUGUUUCUGGAGGGAAACAAGAGGGGCUGGACACAGGAGACGGGCACAGGAAUUCCAGGUCACAAGGGCUCCUGUGGCAGAGCACAAUCCUGCCUGAGCUGGUAUUUCAACCUUUACCCCUCACGGUAGUGUGACACACAGAGUAGGAGCAGGGAGGGAAUAAUUAUAUUACGAAAGGGAGAGUAGUAAGUUAUAUAUUAGGGUAACUAAGGGGCUUGUGUUUUACUUCAGGGGUCUGACCUGACCCCAUUAGAAUGGGAUCUUCUGUUGAGUUCGCCUGUUUGCUGCUGGUGGUUUCCAUUCUGGGAAAGAACCACUUGGUGUCUGGCGGUUGUGCAGGGAAAUGCUGCCGGAGCAGAGACUUGAGCUGUCUGAACACUGACUGGAGGAUGGACCGUGUGUAUGGAACAUGCUACUGCGACAUGGGCUGCGUCAGGACCAAGGACUGCUGCUUUGACUACUUUACAGAGUGCGCAGCUCAGGACUGUGCUGUGAGUGACUGGAGCUUUUGGAGCGGCUGUGCCAAGCGCUGCCGGCCUUCAGUGCGAGUCCGUGUGCGUCACAUUGAGCAGCAGCCCAGUAACAGCGGACAGCCCUGUCCACGGCUGGAGCAACAAGCUGGCUGCUGGGAGUACAGAGACCACCAGGGCCACCACUGUGGACACAACUCAAGCCCUGCAUUAAUCACCAGCAUGGAGUUUGGCAAGGGAAGGCCCAAGCAUGACAACUACGGAAACCCCCUAGACCCUGGGUUCUGUGUGGAAUUCACACUGGAGUCCAGGACACCCCACUGUACAGUGGAGAACCGGCCACACACACACUGGAUGCGCUACAUAACAGAAGGCUUUAAAGUGUGUGUGAUGUGUGAACCUCCUGCCAUGCAAAACAAUAGCGGCAGCUGCCAAGGAGACGGUCUGGAAUCAGAGAAAGAAGCUGUGCUCCAUUGGCAGGCGGUGGGGAACCAUCAGUGCAGCGGGACGUGGAAGAAGAUCCAGAAAACCCAGCAGUGCAACUGUCCACCACAACACAGCUUCGUCUUUAUCUGAUCCAAACAAAGCACCACAGAACAUUCUCUGGUCCGGUGUUCAGAAAAGCGUUUUCCCAGCCAAGCUCCCCUCAUUACUGAAACAUUUUGUUCAGAUCAGACACGUCAAUAUGGCAGGCUUUCAACAC